UUGCGAGUUACGUGAUGCAAUAAAUGGUACCAAAACCUUCACGAAAUGUCCAGAUAUGAUUAUGAACCGAGUAAAAAAGGGCGAGUUUCAAUUCACGACAUUAGGCGGUUGUCUUUACCAGCUAUACUGGACGCUUUUUGGCUACUCGGAUAUAGUUUUUGCCUCGAAAGUAUACAAAAAUUGGACUCUUCACACAUUUGUGGGUUCAAUUUUGUUCAUUCUUUUCAACUUUGUUGCUGUCGUUGUUCUAUUAAACGUGCUUAUUGGUAUGAUUACAAAAACAUUGGACAAUAUUGAAGAAAAUAUUGACACGGAAUGGAAAUUCGCGAGGUCAAAUAUUUACCUGGAAUACAUUAGCGACUCAGAUUGUCUUCCAGCGCCCUUUAAUAUUUUCCCCUCACUUCGAAAUCUGAUGCUGUUGUUUGCAAAACUCUACAAAAUGUGUUACAAAAGUGAAAAGUUACUUCAUAUUGCCAAGCCGAAAUUGGCCGAGACGAGACGAAAGCAGCGGGAAAGCGAAGAAAGAUUGCCCGAUAUCAUUCGGGCCAUGAAAGACCAGUACAUGCGUAAUCAAAUGAAAGAAGCCGAAGAGGGCGAGGUCACACUGGAUGACCUUGACUCUUUGAAGAACGACGUUUCCGGUCUGAAAUUUGAGGUUCUAAGUUACGUCAGAUGUGUUCCAUCGACCCUGGACGCCAUGUGCAAACGGCAGAAUCAGCAGUUGCACGAAAUUGAUUUUUUGCAGAAAAAACAGCGUGAACAAUGGGAAGAAAUGUUAGCGCACGAGACCCGAAUGCAAGAGAUGCGAAUGGCACAUAGUAACGAAAUAGCCGAGUUGCGACAACGCCAAGACGAUUCGUUCGACUUUACGAGAAAGUUUACGAGUCAGAGGUUAGACGAAACGACUAAUUUUCAAACCCAAAAAGCCCAAGAAAAUCAAAUUGAGGCGAAAGAAAAAAUAAACGAGGCAAAAGAUGAGCAAAUUUGUAAGGUGAACGAUAUUUAUUUGCGCCAAAAUGAACAUUUUUCUGCAUUGAAAGAAGAGCAAAACUUGAUUAAAUCAGUUCAGAAAGAAAACGCUGAGACUGCUUUGAAAAAUACGCUCAUGUUGAAAGAACUAAUAGAUUAUCAGGACCAAAAAACCACACAGUAUAAAAAAGAGCAGGACCAAAAAAUGGCUGAAAUGCAGCAAAAACAGUUCGAACUUAUCGAAAGUUUAAGGAACGAAAGUCAACUUAAACAUGAGUUUCAAGUCAAUAAUAUGAAGGAAAUUCACAACUUCCAACAAGAUAACAUGAAAAAUCUUCAUAACGAACAAAUUACAAUGAUGAAACACAUGGAAACUGAGUAUAAAGAUCGAUUAAAUAGCGAAGUCUCAUGUUUGAAAGAGUUUUAUGAAACAAAAAUGGGUGAAUAUUUAUUGGCGCAGCAAACUAUAAUUUCUGAUCAAAGUAGGCUAAUCAAAGAUCUCUUGCGGGGAAUUGAAGAUCAUUUCACGCACGUUUCGACCAACAAUUCCGAAAAAAUUCUGGAAUCUCAGAAAAUGAUUCCGAAUAUGUUCCGAAACGAAGCACGAAUUGUAUGUCAAAGUAUGCAAGAUAUCUACAAUAACAAGCCUAUGUCCUUACCCGCAACUCCGAUUUUGCCGCGUGAACGAAUCAUGCCUACUAGAUUGCCCCAGCCUAAAUUUAGGUCGCCAAUACCUGUCAAUCAGGUCCGACCUUUGUCCUCUCAUUUUGACACUCCGAGGUCAAUAACCGGUUUGUCAAACUAUAGCUCAACCAGUUCUUUAAACAGUAUUGGAGAGGGCUCCCUGGACUCCAGUUUUCACUCCGGGCCUUCGGCUAAUUUUAAUCACCUGGGCGGUAACUCGUACUCCUCUGCCUCCAAGCUAGCGAACGCGAUGGCGCCAUCUGCGAGCGGCAUUUUGAAACCCGCGAGUGGUGGGUCGGGUGGAACCUCUUGGCUACCGAGAUUCAAUAAAGUGAAAAAUGGGAACUCUAAUCCAAGCUCAAGAAGAGCUUCAACUCAACAAAACGGAGGUUUAUAAUAGGUGGUUAUUACAUUGAGUUGCUACAAAUACCCUAAUUGAUUUGCUACAACAUUGCUACGGUAAAAACCCAA